CUCAGCAGGGCUGCUCAGGGCUUAUGUGCAUGUGCUGCAGGAAGACUCACGAGGAUGCUCCUGUGGCCGGUGUCACUCGCCUGUGCUCCCAGGCUGCCAAGGAGGCUUCUGCUCUCAGUAAACGCCGUUUUCAUCCUCUGUGCAGGGAGCAGCCAGCUGUAAAGAUAAAUGGAAGAGGAACAAUGCCGCUGAUGAGCAGAGCUUUUGCGCCUGCGAGGAAGCGCUGCUCUUCCCCUGCCACCCUCUCCUGCUUCCCAGCGCGGCUCUGCAGCCACUCUGACUUCAUCCCUGUCACCGCGCCAGUGCGGGGCUGCCCCUCCGCCUCCUCCUGCCCGUGCAUCCCUCCCGUCUGCCGAGGCGUUCCUCGCUGUGCUGCCCGACGCCAGCGCCACAGCUCUGCCCUUGCUCAGCCUGACAGCUGACACAGAGCAACAGCAGGUCCUGAUAUGAUGGAGAGCGCAGGCAAGGCUGCUUCAGAGGACAGGCAUUCCAUGCAUGCUCUGAAAUCACCAGUGAAUAAGAAACCUCGCUGGCAGGGGUCAAUGCUGCUCCGGCAGGCUCCGGGUGUGUGGGAUGCCUCAGAGCGUGCCCACAGCGUGAGAGGCCAACCCCGCUCCCAUUAUCGUGAAUACAGACUCGCUGGAACAAGGGCUCUCUAUGAAUGGCAGUGAUGGGAUGUUCAAAUAUGAAGAGAUCGUCUUGGAAAGGGGUAACUCUGGCCUCGGCUUCAGCAUAGCAGGAGGCAUCGACAACCCCCACGUUCCAGAUGACCCGGGUAUCUUCAUCACCAAGAUCAUCCCCGGGGGAGCGGCAGCCAUGGAUGGCCGUCUAGGGGUGAACGACUGCGUGCUGCGGGUGAACGACGUGGAUGUCUCUGAGGUUGUGCACAGCAAAGCUGUGGAGGCCCUGAAGGAAGCAGGCCCCGUGGUGCGGCUCGUGGUGCGCCGCCGGCAGCCCCCGCCAGAGACCAUCAUGGAGGUUAACCUGAUGAAGGGCCCCAAAGGCCUGGGGUUCAGCAUUGCAGGGGGCAUUGGGAACCAGCACAUCCCUGGGGACAACAGCAUCUACAUCACCAAGAUCAUCGAGGGAGGUGCUGCCCAGAAGGACGGGCGCUUGCAGAUUGGGGACCGGCUGCUUGCGGUGAAUAACACAAACCUGCAGGACGUGCGGCACGAGGAGGCAGUGGCCGCCCUGAAGAACACCUCUGACAUGGUGUACUUGAAAGUGGCCAAGCCCGGCAACAUCCACCUCAACGACAUGUACGCGCCCCCCGACUACGCCAGCACCUUCUCAGCCUUGGCUGACAACCACAUAAGCCAUAACUCCAGUCUGGGCUACCUGGGCAGCGUUGAGAGCAAGCCUGCCUAUACCAUCCCUCCCCAGGUGACUCCGUCCCGGUACUCGCCUAUCCCUCGGCACAUGAUUGGAGACGAUGACUUCACCAGGGAGCCCCGGAAAAUCAUCCUGCACAAAGGCUCCACCGGCCUGGGCUUCAACAUUGUUGGAGGGGAAGAUGGCGAGGGGAUCUUUGUGUCCUUCAUCCUGGCUGGAGGCCCUGCUGACCUCAGUGGGGAGCUGCGGAGGGGAGACCGUAUCCUUUCGGUGAACGGCGUGAACCUUCGCAACGCCACCCACGAGCAGGCGGCGGCGGCGCUGAAGAGGGCGGGGCAGACGGUGACCAUCAUCGCGCAGUACCGGCCCGAAGAGUACAGCCGCUUCGAGUCCAAGAUCCACGACCUGCGGGAGCAGAUGAUGAACAGCAGCAUGAGCUCGGGCUCCGGCUCGCUCCGCACAAGCGAGAAGAGAUCGCUCUAUGUCCGAGCCCUGUUUGACUAUGACCGGACCCGGGACAGUUGCUUGCCCAGCCAGGGACUCAGUUUCUCCUACGGGGAUAUCCUGCACGUCAUCAAUGCCUCUGAUGAUGAAUGGUGGCAAGCCAGGCUCGUCACACCCCACGGCGAGAGCGAGCAGAUCGGAGUCAUCCCCAGCAAGAAGAGGGUGGAAAAGAAGGAGAGAGCACGGUUGAAAACAGUGAAGUUCCACGCCAGGACUGGCAUGAUUGAGUCCAACAGGUCGAUCAAAACGAAACGUAAAAAGAGUUUUCGCCUCUCUCGAAAGUUUCCAUUUUACAAGAGCAAAGAGAACCUGGCCCAGGAGAGCAGCGGACAGGAACAGGGCGUGACAUCAAACACCAGUGACAGCGAGAGCAGUUCCAAAGGACAAGAGGACACCAUCCUAUCGUACGAGCCAGUGACGCGGCAAGAAAUUCACUAUGCGAGGCCAGUGAUCAUCCUGGGGCCGACAAAGGACCGAAUUAACGAUGACCUCAUCUCUGAAUUCCCACACAAGUUUGGUUCCUGCGUGCCCCACACCACCAGGCCUCGGCGUGACAACGAGGUGGACGGCCAGGACUACCACUUUGUCGUAUCCCGGGAGCAGAUGGAGAAAGACAUCCAGGACAACAAGUUCAUAGAGGCUGGGCAGUUCAAUGACAAUCUCUAUGGGACCAGCAUCCAGUCAGUGCGAGCGGUGGCAGAGAGGGGGAAGCACUGCAUCCUGGAUGUGUCUGGCAAUGCUAUCAAGAGGUUGCGACAAGCACAACUUUAUCCCAUUGCCAUUUUCAUCAAACCCAAAUCCAUUGAAGCCCUCAUGGAGAUGAACCGGAGACAAACAUAUGAACAAGCCAACAAGGUCUUUGACAAAGCCAUGAAACUUGAGCAAGAGUUUGGAGAAUAUUUUACAGCCAUCGUACAAGGAGACUCUCUUGAAGAAAUUUACAGCAAAAUCAAACAGAUCAUUGAGGACCAGUCCGGGCACUACAUCUGGGUCCCGUCCCCAGAGAAACUCUGAAGAUGUCUCCCACCUGCUUCCCUGUGAGCAGAAGAUCUCUGAAGUCCCACCCAUCCAAGCCCUCUGCCCCGAGGGGGAGGGAUAUGAAAACUAUUCCUGCUCCCUUUUUUAGAUCGUCACAAAAUUGAGUUUUCUAGUCCUGUUUCUUUUGUUGGGAUGAACUCAUAUCAUUCAUCGCGUGACUGUUUCCACCAUUCCUGCAUGGACCUUCCCACUGCUCCAUUAGAGACAGACGAGAACCCAUUCAAGGUCGUUUUUUUAUUAUUAUUAUUAUAUUAUUAUUAUUAUUAUUAUUAUUAACUAAACAAAGAAUCAAGAUGGGAGGAGGCGGCUAAGGACUAAUGUAAGAAAACAAGUGAAACAAUGGACUCUGAACACAUGAGCUGGUAUCAGAGCUCCAGGGGCAUUUUUCCAAGUGUGACUGUCUAGCAGCUCUGAACAGUGCGACAGAUGGGCAGCAGAAAGCAUUUUAUUUAUCUGUAUAUGUAAUUUAUAUAUAAUAUAGAGGAGAGAUAUUAUAUAUAUAUUAUAUAUAUAUAUAUGUAUGUGGACUAGGAAAUCUGGGGGACCUCUCUGGAAAGGUGUUGUGUUAUUGCAAGGUUCUUUCAGUUCCUCUGUCCCAACCACUUGGUGUAGGGAGUCCACUUGGGCAGGAAGAGCUCAAAACGGUACCAGGGGCUUUGGAAACUUCUCCCAUCCAGGCCAGUUCCCUGCAGCCAGCCUGGGUCUGAGACAGGGCAAAGACUGGUACUGCCUGUGCAGGAGGGACCAGAGCAAGGAGCAGCAGCUGGCCUGAGAGAGGCUGGGAGACAGAGACUGAGCAGGAGGCUGCGGAGCAAGAGAAUGGAUGAUACUACAUAUUAAAUUGCACAUUGUUUUACGCACCA